AUGGCCGGUGGCACCUCUGAUUGGCCAAGCCGAGGGUGGCAGGUGAACUCGGAUGCUGGCACCUUGCAGGGCUGGGGCUCCCUGGCCACUCCAGAACCGGCGCCUGAGCUGACGCCCGGGCAACAGGCGCAUGCUGCCGCAGCUGAAGCCUUCGAACGGGCUGCAGCGGCGGCGACGCCGGAGUCUUACCAUCCCAAAGGCGAAACCGAGGAAGCUGACGAGGCGGAAGAGGAUCCCAAGAUCGAUAUCGAAGCGUUGCAGGCACUUCUGCGCGACAACGCUGCCUUCUUUGAGGUCUGCAACGAGGCUGUGAAGUUGGCGUCAGAUCCGCCGGGCCAGCUCUCCAGCGUCCAGUCCUUUUCCUCAGCCUUGAAUCAUGUGUGCCAGCGAUGUGAAAUGGAGCCCGUGGAGCCCGAUGAGGCAGACGACCUCUGGGACGGCCCGAUGGAUGUGGGUGUCUUCUACCAAUUUGCUCGGGAGUACUUCGGUUCACUCUGUCGUGCCCUCACGAUGGAUCUUUCCCUCAUCGAGAGCAAAGAUUGA